AUGUAUGAGAAACAGUCCAUUGAGAGUACAUUUGGUGUUUAUGAAGUGAAGUCAAUGUCAGUGCUGGAGGGAGAUUCAGUCACUCUAGACUCUGGUCUCACUGCAAUAAUGGAUGAUGAUCUGAUUCAGUGGAGGUUUGGAUCUGAAAACACUUCAGUAGCUGAAAUCGAUGUACUGGCCGACAGAAUCACUGUAUAUGAAGAUGAUCUUGACGGGAGAUUCAGAGACAGACUGAAGCUGGAUCAUCAAACUGGAUCUCUGACCAUCACAAACACCAGAACUGAACACACUGGACUCUAUACACUACAGAUGAUCAGAAAUGUUAGCAAAAGUUUUAAUCUGACUGUCUAUGCUCAUCUGUCUGUUCCUGUCAUCAGCAGAAACUCUUCACAAUGUUCUUCAUCAUCUUCUUCAUCACAGCAGAAUUGUUCAUUGGUGUGUUCAGUGGUGAAUGUGAGUCAUGUGACUCUCUCCUGGUACAAAGGAAACAGUUUAUUGUCCAGCAUCAGUGUGUCUGAUCUCAGCAUCAGUCUCUCUCUACCUCUGGAGGUGGAAUAUCAGGAGAAAAACAGCUACAGCUGUGUGAUCAACAAUCCCAUCACAAACCAGACCACACAUCUGAACAUCAGCAAACUCUGUCACACAUGUCCAGUACUCUCCUGGUUCCUUCUCCAAGCGAAGUGA